UAUGCUUCCAUCGACGGCGAUCUCAAAACCCUGUAAGACCCUAACCCUAGAGCCCGGGGGAGCGCAUUUCGGCGGCUUGGAAGAGCGGCACAAUGGUGAACGUCCCCAAGACGAAGAAGUCCUUCUGCCAAGGGAAGAAUUGCCGGAAGCACACGCUCCACAAGGUCACGCAGUACAAGAAGGGCAAGGACAGCCUCUACGUCCAAGGUAAGAGGCGUUACGAUCGCAAGCAAUCUGGCUAUGGCGGCCAAACGAAGCCCGUGUUUCACAAGAAGGCCAAGACCACCAAGAAGAUCGUGCUCCGGCUCCAGUGCCAGACGUGCAAGCGCGUGUCGCAGCACCCUCUAAAGAGGUGCAAACACUUUGAAAUCGGUGGUGACAAGAAGGGCAAGGGAACGAGCUUGUUCUAAGCGCGCGCGAUUCAAUUUUCCUCUCUUGGAUAUGAUGUUCUCGAAUUUGCAAGAAGAAAUAGACAAGCUUUGAUUACCAUUACCACCA